AAUAUUUCAAAUGUAUUUUCUUCUCUAGUAUCAUGUGAACAAACUAUCAGCAACCUCGGAUCCCAUGCAUUUGCCCCAAGACUCUGCUCUUCAUGACCUGGAUGAGGCGCUGUCACAUCUGGAAGUUAAACUAGAGGCAUCUAGUCCCAGCGAGGCUCUGGCAGGAAUUGAACUUGAACCAGAGCUGCAGGAGUAUCUGAAAGUUUUCAGGCCACGGAAAAUGACUCUUAAAGGCUACAAACAGAAUUGGGUGAUGCUGAAAGGAACGAAUGUGUCGUGUUAUAAAAGCAAAGAAGAGGCCAAAGGGGAACCAUUGAUCUUACUAGCACUAAAAGGGUGUGAAGUUAUUCCAGAGGUCAAUGUCGCUUCUCAGAAGUUCUGUAUUAAGCUUUUGGUCCCAUCCCCAGAAGGAAUGAAUGAAGUUUACCUGCGAUGUGAAAAUGAGCAGCAAUAUGCCCGCUGGAUGGCUGGUUGCCGCUUGGCAGCGAAAGGACGCACCAUGGAUGACUCAUCUUAUGACGGAGAAGUCCAAAAUAUAUUAUCCUUCUUAACUCUUCAGAAAUCCAACGCACAAACGUCAGCCUCCGCAGCAGAGUCCAUCAACAUGCUUUCCCUGGUAUCACCAAGAUACCAGAAAAAGCUGAAACUUAAGCAGUUAUCACCUCGUAUACUGGAGGCCUACCAGAAUAUUGCUCAGAUUACACUUAUGGAAGCUAAACUGCGUUUUAUACAGGACUGGCAAUCUCUGCCUGAUUUUGGAGUCUCAUACUUCCUUGUAAGGUUCAAAGGUGCUCGUCGGGAUGAAAUACUAGGCAUUGCCAGCAACCGUUUAAUUAGAAUAGACCUGAAUGUAGGAGAUGUGGUGAAAACCUGGAUGUACAGUAACAUGAAGCAGUGGAAUGUCAAUUGGGAUAUCAGACAGGUAUCCAUUGAAUUCACCGAGAAUAUUAAUGUUGCCUUCACUUGCGUUUCUGCUUCUUGCAAAGUUGUCCAUGAAUACAUAGGUGGCUACAUCUUCAUGUCUACACGGGCAAGGGAUGGUGGCAGCAAAGGCCUCAAUGAAGAGCUGUUCCAUAAACUUACUGGUGGACAUGAAGCCCUCUAGAAAACUUCUGAAAUCUCUGUUCAGUCCUCAUUUUCCACAUAACAUAAAAAGACUUUGCACUUCAUGAAGUUGCUCUAAAUAGCAAUCAAGUUUUUGACUCGUUGUCCACAUACAUGUGAUAAAGGCAAAUGUAAAGCUGUGACGUUUGGCAUUCAUCAUAACUUCACAUUAAUUAGGAUACUCCUCACCGAAAAUGUGUCAGCCGUGUAAGAGCAGAUCUAGGUACAUUUCAUAUGGAACUUGCAGUGUUUUGUAAAUGUCACCUAAAGGAUGCAGCCAUUUUCACAGAGUUUGAGCUGAUCUAUAGGGGACUAAUACAGUGGGUGGCCAAGAUGGCACCAUCUUUUUUUCUAGCAUAUCUUUUCAUACAAGCCACUUAAUAUCUGGAGUUUAAGCAGCAGCAAGAGUGACUAUGCCAGGUAUAAAGGCAAUCCAAGAUUAUACAUACCUACAUUAUUUCUAUAGACAGAAAUGUAUUAAAUCAUUAAAAAAUAAACUAGCUAUUAAUGGAUGAUCAUUACAUACA